AUGGCCACUCAUCCUGCAUCCCUCGGACAGCGACCAAGCCCCACUGACUCCGCGGAAUCUGCUGAAGCCAAAGGUAUUUCUUCUCGUCGGUUGAAGAAGCGAGAAAUCGACCGACGAUGCCAACGUCAAGCCCGCGAACGGACCAAGUCCCGCAUUGCCUAUCUAGAAGGUCUGGUGGAGGAUUUUCGGCAGCAAGAUGCUAGUGGGCAAGUCGCUACAUUGAUGAAACAGCUGCAAGAGACGGAGGCGGAGCGAGAUAUCAUGGCCAAGGCCUUGAAGGACAUUCAAAAGGCUCUGGAUACGCACAGGCCCUUGAAGCCGACCGAGGAACAACCUCAAGAUAAAAAUAUCAGCGUUUCGCAUAGAUUCUACGAAGAUGCGAACGCCGAGCGGAAGCCCAGUCUCGCGUCCUUACAAGAUGGUGCAUCUCUGUCCGUCCUGCCAGGGCCUAUCGAUGCCCAGACAGACAACAGCAAUCCGGCCAGCAGCUUCGAGCUGGCCCACUUCCCUCCCGCGCCCAUCCCACAUAUGCAAGCGCCAGGCAAGCUAUUUGCCCCGGAGGUUGUGCGUCUCGAGGCCGCCAGCCCCAAUUGCAGGAAUCAGGCCAUCGUCAAAUCCAAAAGUGCGAACGACUUACAUCAGCAAAUCUCCUACAACAAUAACUGGGCGAUCCCUCGACAUACCUGCUCGUGUCAUAGUUCGCACAAUCGUCCCCGUGGCCGCCGACCGGUAUGGCAAGGGAACUACUGGAAAUUUGCGAAUGAAGUGUUGAGCGAAAAAUUCGAAUGGAGUGAGGAUGUUGCACCCGCAAGUGAUGCGGUUUCUGACGACGUCCCGGUCCGUGCGCUUAUCGAAGGGUGGGAUGCAGUGGCGAAGCGCGGCCCUUUGCAUCCUUCAUGGCAGAUCCUACGUCGAAUCGACGAGACACUGUUCUCCAUGUGCCCCAACACUGAGCGGCUGGCAAUCAUGAGGGCGAUGCACACGCUGUUGCAAUUUCAUACGGAAUCGUCAGCUGAGCGAUACGCCCGCCUCCCUCCCUGGUACAUGCGACGGCCUUCGCAGAGAAUCGCGCACUCCUACGCGAUUGACUAUUUUGCAUGGCCGGGUAUCAGAGAACGUUUCAUCUUCCACGAACAUGACUAUUGCGGGAAUGAUUUCUGGCAUUUAUUUUGCAGGAGUAUUCGGAUUCUCUGGCCGUAUGAGUUCCGGGACUGCUACACCCGGGAGAUUGACACGGGUCUCUAUAAGAUCUCCCCCAUGUUUGACCACCGAUUAUCCGAUAUUAAAUGCUGGACAAUGGGCCCAGAUAUCUUUCAGCGUUUCCCCGAGCUAUACAGCGACAUGCCGGCGUUCAAUCACAUCCCACAGACGAUCUCGCAAGGAUAUGCACGGCCGCAAGGACGGAGAGUAUGCCUUCCUUUGGCAUCAUCUCCUAACUCUGGGCGGACUGUGAGCAUAGAGGAUGUAGAUGAGGAAGAGGAGAUCAAACCUCUAGUUGUCGGAAACAAUUAUGUCCCAAUGGAGACACCCACGGCACAUGCUCCGACGCAAGCUCAAAUUCACGCUUCACAGCAGCCUCCACCCCCUGCACAGGCUUUUGCACACUCGAUUCAGAACCAGCAGCAAGACGCAAAUCCGCCUGCGUACAACUUGGCCGAUUUCAAUACGAUCAUGGCGCUCGAUGCUUUUGCCUGUGGCGCCAUCAAUGAAGGCGAUUUCGCCACUGUCUGUCAGUCCGAAACUCUCAACAAUUAUCCAAACAUAAUUUUUUGA